AUGGCUGCUGCUACCUUGAUUGCACCGCGCUACAGCGCCGAUGAUUUUGAGACUAGCUCUAUACGAUCUGUAGCACCCUCCUACGUCUCCGAGGCACCCUCAUACCACUCCAGCACCUCGUACCACCAACACGAGCCUGUGCCAGAGUACACACCUCGCGAACCUCGCACGUGCACCACCAACACGACCACCACCACUAGGAACAACAACAGCAGUAACACCACCAACAGCAGUAACAACACCAACAGCCGCACGACUUCCUCGUCAUCUCCGCCGAACCAGCCCACGCCAUACGGUCUGCCACCUGUCGCCAGCACCCCUCAAGUUGGUCUACCCAGCAUUCACAGCUUUCGCAUCCCAAAAUGGUCGACCCACAACGCUACAUCAUCGCGCCAGCUUCACUCUGUCGUCGAACGUCGCGUGAAUGCCAGCCUAGAAGCGUCUAGCGCGGCAGCGGCAGCGGCAGCCUCUGCGCAUCGAAGGACAUUGUCAGCCGCGCACGGCUCGUCGUCCCCUAGACCGGUCUCGAGACCCUUGGAGGACCCGUACUUGGUUGGAGAGGAAGCGGCCUCGAGGGCGAAGCAGGAGAGGCUUGCUCGAGAGAGGGCCGGGGACGAUGUCCUCGUUCGUGAGGACCAGCAUUGGGACUGGCUCCUGGCACAGAUGAAGACCUGGGAUGAGCGUGAGCGGAGCUGGGCUCGGUUCCGCCGCGAGAUGGAGAGCGGCCAUCGUCCAAAGUUGCUUCACCGCAUCGGGGGUCGCAUCUGA